AUGUCACCGCUCAAGUGUAUACUACUGUCUAGUCUCCACGUGAAGAAAGAGAACGGCGAAAAAAUGUUCAACAUCUCAAUUUCCAUCCUAAAAUAUCACAAUCUCACACUUGCCGACAACUGGGCUCUCUUAAAUCUUAUACAGGUUCCGAAAAAGGCUUAUACAUCUUGCCCUCUCAUUGGCUGA